UCGUUCUUCCCGAAAAAAUAAAAAAUAGAAAAGAGAGGAAGAAAAAAAAAAAAAUCACACAUACUCAGAAAGAAAGAGAGGGUUUUUUUCGGUGCUAAAAAGCAGAGGAGCGAAGCUUACAUAUCUUCUUCUUCUUCUUCUUCUUCUUCAACCCCGUCGCGGCGUAAGAGAGAGACACAGUGUGUGCACGUCGAACAACAUCGUUUGUUCUCAGAUCUGAAGGAGACAGAGAGAGGGGGUAGGGAGAAGGAGAUAGAGAUAGAGAGACAGGGAGAGAGAAUGAGCGGCAAAGGUGGAGGAGGAGCAGCCAGCUACAACAGUAACAAUAAUGGGAAGGGUAAUAGUGGAAUUUCGGGGAUUCCGGCGGGGUCGAGGAAGAUUGUGCAGAGCUUGACGGAGAUUGUGAACUGUUCAGAGUCCGAGAUCUACGCUAUGCUUAAAGAGUGUAAUAUGGACCCUAACGAGGCCGUCAAUCGCCUCCUCUCUCAAGAUCCUUUCCAUGAGGUUAAGAGCAAACGAGAAAAGAAGAAAGAGAAUAAGGAGACAACUGAUGUCAGGUCCCGUGGUGCUAAUAACACAAUGCAUCGUGGAGGCAGAGGUGGUGCAGACCGUUAUGGGCGUGGUGGUUCAACCCAGUUCAGCUCUAAUGAGACUGGUGUACCACAUGCUAAACCUUCAUACAAGAAGGAAAAUGGAACACAUGCUUAUGCUGGUUCUUCAUCUUCUGCAUCUGGUAUGGCAGGAAAUACUGUUUAUCGGAGACCACAAGCAUUGCACAGUGACUCUUUGGCCUCAGAAAAUAGAACACCAAAUGUUGAUGUGGGUGAUGGACUUUCUCAAUCAUUGCAACCUCCUUCUGGAUUUCAAUCUUCCUGGUUGGGGGGUCCAGGUCAAGUAUCAAUGGCUGACAUUGUGAAGAUGGGGCGGCCGCAUAACAAGGCAUCUGCUAUGCCACCUCACCACGGUGUUAAUCUUCACCAUCCUGCAGCACCUUCUUUAGCAGCUUCAAAUCAUGAUUUGCAUUUGUCAGAAAAUCAUACUGCCAAGAUCUCAGAAAUAAAUGCAGAGCAAGAAGUUACUGCAAGCCAAUGUGUUCAUUCCAACGAUGAAUGGCCAUCUACUGAGCAGCCAACAGCUUCUAGUAUAUCCUCUGUUUUAGAGGUGCCUGCAGAUACUGAACUCUAUGCUGAUCCAGCAGACUUGCCCUUAGAUAGAAUUAGUCAACAUAUGAAGUCUCAGUUGGAUGAUGUUCUGCCAGCAGAAGAUGGCCAUGCUGAAACUCUUAAUGGAAACCAUGGUGGACCUGCUUCUGUAUCCAGUAGAAAUAUGCAGGAAGAUAAUUCUGUAGGUUCAUCCAUUUUUGAUAAUAAUUUGUAUGGGAAUGUGAGUUCCUACCAACCCCCUGGACAUGCUUAUGAGCACGAAGCUGAAGACGUUGCUUCAUCUGUGGCCGCAAACUUACAGCAACUAAAUUUGCAUAGUGAUGAUCAGGUGGCACCGCCUGAGGAGGAUAAUGCUUCUGUAAUAAUUCCAAAUCAUCUGCAAGUUCAUGGUCAAGACUUUUCACACUUAAGCUUUGGUAGUUUUGGUUCUGGAAUUAGUUCUGCCUUUUCUGGGCCAUUUGCAUCGAGGCCUUCAAACAAUAACCAGGAAGAGACAACUGAAGUGGUGGACACCUCAUCAGCUGCGCACCCUGAUACUAGAAAUCCCGAGUAUUAUGGGGAUGAGCAUCUCAGAAAUACUGCAGAUGAGAAUUUAAUACAUAGAACAGGGGCAAGUCCUGUCCAUUAUGAUUCUCCUUCAGUUCCACAACCUGAGGUGUUGAACGAAACCCCUGAAGCAGCUCAGGUGAAUCAAUAUGCAUUUCCUUCAUCUGCACCUGGAUAUACAUAUGACAAUGCCCAACAGUUGAAUGCUGCAUUUAAUAACCCGCAGACGAGCUCUCAGAUCCAGAAUGUUGCUCCUUUCUCAAGUGUAAUGCAGGCUUAUACAAAUUCACUGCCAAGCACUUUGUUGGCUUCAACUAUUCAACCUGGGAGGGAGCCUGACCUUCCAUAUUCACCUUUCCCUGUGACGCAGUCAAUGCCCACCAAAUACAGCAAUACGGCUUCUCCCAUUAAUGGUCCUAGCAUUUCUGUGCCAGAGCAGGCUCUGAGAUCAGCAAGUAUUUCCACACCUCAGCCGACUCAGCAGACACUUCCUGGUGCUAGUGUUGCUACAGGACCUACUCUUCCUCAACAUCUUGCUGUGCAUCCUUAUUCACAACAUACUGUUCCUUUGGGACCUUUUGCCAACAUGAUUGGCUAUCCAUUUUUGCCACAGAGCUACACAUACAUGCCAUCUGCAUUCCAGCAGACCUUUGCUGGUAAUAGCACAUAUCAUCAGUCUCUGGCAGCAGUGCUUCCUCAGUACAAAAAUAGCGUUUCUGUAAGCAGCUUGCCUCAAUCUGCUGCUGUUGCUUCCGCAUAUGGGUUUGGGAGUUCAACAAGCAUUCCUGCUGGAAACUUUCCACUGAAUCCCCCCACUGCUCCUGGAGGCACAACCAUAGGCUAUGAUGAUGUUUUAAGUUCUCAGUACAAGGAUGGCAGCCAUUUGAUCUCUUCUCAACAGAAUGAGACUUCAGGCAUGUGGGUUCAUGGACCUGGUUCACGAACGAUGUCUGCUGUUCCUGCUAGCACAUAUUAUAGCUUCCAGGGACAGAAUCAGCAGCCUGGUGGAUUUCGGCAAGGUCAACAGCUGUCACAGCAUUUUGGGACUCUUGGUUAUCCAAAUUAUUAUCAUUCCCAAACAGGGAUCUCACUGGAACACCAGCAGCAAAACUCUAGGGACUCUUCCCUUUCUGGUUCUCAGGGCCAACCAUCAAAGCAGACUCAACAGUUAUGGCAAAACAGCUACUAAAAUGUCGUCAGUUCACCUCAUGGUUUUUCAGGGUCUCGUAGCGAGUUUGAAAAUGAGCCAAUCAUAGGCAUUCCUUGGGUUAAAUAAUUUUAUGUUAUGAUCAUUGGCGGGUCUAAAGAGACCCAACUGGCUACUGCCCUGUUCCUUGAGGUUGUAUUUUAGAUAUUUAUCAUCCGUUUAACUUAGGAACAAGUGUGCUAAUUUGGGUUAGUGGACUAAGUUUUACUUUGUUCUCUUGUUCUCAAUCACAUUAUAGUGAAAUUUGCCUUUCACUUUUACUGUGAUCUUCUAAUCAUGUGUUUAUACAAAAGUAAAUUGGAAUUGUUUGGAUUCUCUCA